CUGAGGUUUUGGAUAUGCUAAGGAAUUCGGAUACAUCAGGAAGAUAACUUAAAAAGCAGUCUUUUGUGGUAGAAGUGAUGGUUCUUUCAUACUUGAAACAAGAAGUAAUUUGCAAUGUAAGUGUUAUCUUAAGAGCAUAAAUUUCCCAGAAUCUAAUGCAUUGGAGCAGCUGAAAAGUUGUAAAUUAUGUUAAUAAUUAAUGUUGUAUGUCACUUAAUUGAACUUGACAAGUUGUGCUGAAUAACUUGUUGAAUAAGGUUGUAUAAAUGUUCUUGUGUUUUACACACAUACCCUGUCAUCUUCAGUGCAUUCUAUAUAUAAUUUAGUUAUGCAUAUAUUUACUUCUAUUUUUAUUCCUUAUUAAUCCAUGCACUGUUUAUAUGUGGGGGGAUAACAUUCAAACUCUAUCAGCAACAUUUGUGUCAUGAUAUCAGUCACCACAGACAUAAAUGUCAGCCCGUUCUUUAGUUAAAGCAGUAAACGUUAAAUCAUGCCCUAUUUCAGUAGUAUUGUCACAAGGCUUCAACAUUAUAUAUGCAAACAUCACUUGCUGAUUUUGUCUCUGUAAAUUUACAUCCAGAUGCACAUGGAUAUCAGAAAGUGGUGUGACAAUCUAUAUUGAUUUUAAAAAGAUUAGUUAUUUUCUGUUCUGAUAAACAUACAGUAGUUCCAGUAAUGUUGUGAAUAGAGUUAGACAACUACUGAACUUGGGACAUCCCUUUGAAUAUGAUCAACUUUAAUUACUUUUUAUCUGAAGUAAUAUAAACCAAGCACAAAAGAUAGGUUAUCAGGACACUAUAAAAAGAGCACGAGGGCUGUGGGGAUAACCGAGCAAGAGCUAGACAUCAGUGAAGAAUGAAGGGUUGGUUAUGUAUACUGCUGCUGUCGGAAGCCUUUCUGUUUGUGGUACAGCAGCAGGUAAAUGGAGGUCGCGGUGAGAAUGAGAUCAGUCAACAUCUCAGCAAUGAUGACAGAAGACUAAAUCCACCACAGACAGAUACUCUGACAGAUGAAGUUUCAACUCACAGCCAACAAGACCUGAGCUUCUCUGACAUCCAUGCAGCACUGAGAGAACUGACCGCCACAGUUACAGAGCAGAAAGCCAACAUCAGAGCUUUAGAGACACGACUGAGGGAUGCAGAGAAAACUGCAGAACAACAGACAGUCAUCCUGGAAGAGCUGAACAAGAAAAAUGAUGACAGAGAGAUAGCAUUUUCAGCUGCUCUGAUGGAAUCUGGCAGUGGAGAAAUCGGUCCUUUCACCACUGACAUCACACUAACCUACAGGAACGUCUUCACAAACAUAGGGAACGCCUACAACCCAUUUACAGGUAUUUUCACAGCCCCACUGAAAGGAGCGUACAUGUUCAACUUUUCUGUCUAUGGUCAUGGGAAUCCCUCAAAUCCAUCAACUGUCUCCAUUGUGAAGAAUGGACAGCGGGUGGUCGUAGCACAUGGCCAUCAGGAUCGGUAUGCUGUAAACUCCUCGAAAGGCAUUGUGUUGAUCCUGGAGGUCGGAGAUGUCGUAUAUGUGAGACUAUGGUCUGGAAGGCAGAUAUAUGAUAACGAGCAUAACCACAUUACUUUCAGUGGUUACCUACUGUUUCCAUUAAGAGAACAGGAGGUUUGCAGGAUGUGAUUAUAGUAAAACUAAACCUAUAGCCUAUGAUUGAAGAUGAAAAUCAUCACAUAUGAACCUGUAUUAAUGAAAGUUUACUAUAUGAAAAUCAGUAUAAUAGACUAAACUUGUAAGUUCAGAGCUGUCUUUGCAUGUAACUUUGUAUAAAGAGUUUGAGCACUGUGACAGACGGGACCCAUGAAUAUCACAAGUGAUAAAGUGAUUUUUUAAAGUAGCAAAUCUAGAAUCGCUUUUUAAGUAUCUUAUAACUAAUUAUGUAUAUAUUCAUCCUACAUUAAUAAGAGAAUAAAGAGACAUUAUUGUUCUAUUUUCUUUUUCACAUGAUCUUAAA